CCGAGCGAGGCGGGGCGCGGGCGGCAUGGACGCUUCGGCCUGUAUGAAGUCCCUGCUGCUGGCCGCCGCCCAGUACCGGGCCGCCAAGAGCGCCCCCCACGCGGCGCAGCUGCAGCGCAGUCUGGAGGUUAUCUCUGGAUUGAAGCUAACAAGAUUGUUUGCAUCAAACCAAAUUCUGCCAAGUGAAUGUCUCAGCUGUCUAGUAGAGCUCAUUGAGGACCCAAAUAUAAGUCCAUGUCUAAUCCUGUCUGUGAUUACUUUGUUGUCACAACUAGUUUUGGACAAAGAGACCAGAGAGGCUCUUCAAAAUACUUAUAAUUUGACUAGUGUGCUGGCAGGAGUGGUUCACCGAAGCUCUACCAAUCCUAAUGAUCCAGUCUUGGUACAGAGUAUUCAACUUCUGCAGAAAUUAACCUACAAUGUCAGAGUUUUCCAUGCCAGCACUAAUAUUGACGAAUUGAUUUUAUUCCUAAUGCAUCAUGUUCAAUCAACAGAAGAUGAAUUAACGAUACCGUGUUUGGGAUUACUGGCAAAUCUUUGUCGACACAAUCUCUCUGUUCAAGCUCAUAUAAAAUCUUUGAAUGACGUAAAGGGUUUCUAUCGUACCUUGAUCAGUUUCUUGGCCCAUAGUAGUUUAACUAUGGUUGUGUUUGCACUUUCAAUAUUAUCAAGCCUUACUUUAAAUGAAGAAGUUGGAGAAAAGCUCUUCCAUGCCCGAAACAUUCAUCAGACAUUUCAGUUAAUAUUCAACAUUCUUGUAAACGGUGAUGGCACACUGACAAGAAAAUAUUCUGUUGAUCUACUCAUGGAUCUGCUGAAGAACCCCAAAAUUGCAGAUUAUCUUACUAGAUAUGAACACUUCACCUCAUGCCUCAAUCAAGUAUUAGGCCUUCUUCACGGAAGGGAUCCUGAUUCAUCAUCAAAGGUCUUGGAAUUACUACUUGCUUUUUGUUCAGUCACUGAACUGCGCCAUGUUGUGCGUCAGACAAUACUGGAGCCAUCUGGUGUGCCAGUCUCUGGAAGUACCAGAUUCGCAGCCCGUUCUAAACCUUCAGAGCCAUCUAUUGUUUUAGUGCACUGGUUAAACCAACCAUUGGAAGGAUCUGAAAACUGUUGUGUUCUAGCUUUAGAAUUGUUCAAGGAGAUAUUUGAGGAUGUUAUUGAUACCGGAAACGGCACUUCAGCUGAACGCUUUGUUGAUCUUUUGCUGCCUGUCCUCCUUGAUCACCUUCAGUUGCCAGAACAGAAUCUGGAUGAGCUAUUAGCGAAGAAGAAAUGUGAGAGAAUGGUCAAAGUCAUUGAUGUCAUGCUAAUGCUUUGUGGAGAUGACACAAUGAAAAUGCAUGCCUCUAAGGCACUGACUGCAAGCAGAUGCACAUCUCUAAUAGAACACCAGUUUACAUGCAGUGGGAUUGAUGUUGGCUUUGGGACAAAGGUGGUGGACUCUGAACUGUGCAAACUUGCUGCUGCUGUCAUUUUGAAAACACUUGAUCUUAUGAGCAGACUUAAACAGUUGGUGCCUAGUAUGGAAGUCAGUUUCUACAAAAUUCUUCAGGAUCAACGUUUGAUUACACCUUUGGCUUUUGCUUUAACAUCAGACCACAGAGAACAAGUACAGGCUGGACUUAGAAUACUGUUUGAGGCAGCACCAUUACCAGACUUCCCUGCCAUUGUGCUUGGUGAAAGCAUUGCAGCAAAUAAUGCCUAUAGACAACAAGAGACGGAGCAUGCACCAAAAAAAAUCCAUAUGCGGUCAUCCAUUACUAGUGUUAUGUCCAUGAAGUGCUCUACUUCCUAUCCUUCAAAUGAUGAUGCAACAACUUCGAACAUUCAAGAGCUAAUACAGAAACUUCAGUCUGGACUGGAGAUUAAGGAACCAAUCACUGAUGUGAGGAUGUCUGACAUAAUGGAUGUCUAUGAGCAGAAACUAGCGGCAUUAGCCUCCAAAGAAACCAGAUUACAAGAUCUAUUGGAGGCAAAGGCAUUAGCGCUUGCUCAGGCUGAUAGGCUAAUUGCCCAGUACCGUUGUCAGAGAGUCCAAGCUGAAUCUGAGGCAAGGACGCUUGCUGCAAUGUUGAAGGAUGCAGAGCGAAAAAAUGAAGAACUUGAUGUAUUGCUGAAAACUCAGCAGGUAGAAUCUGAACGGGCGCAGAAUGACAUAGAGCAGCUCUUUCAACACAAUCGAAAGUUACAAACAGUGGCUGAAGAAUAUGAGAUACUGAAAAGAUCAUCCGUUGAUCUUCUACAGAAGCAUGAAACCACUGAAAGACAAUAUAAAGAUCUGCAGAUUACCUGUAAUUCACUAAAUAAACAAAUUGAGGCCAUGAAAAAGCUGAAUGAAUCGCUCAAGCAACAAAAUGACAAAACUGUUGCACAAUUGAUGGAAACAGAAGAUCAUAGGAAAGAAUUACUGAAACAGCUACAGGAAAGAGAGAGUAAAAUAUCAAGUUUGCAACAAAAAAUAAAGCUUCUGGAAGAAAAACUGAAAGCCCGACAGAAAGAAAAAACAGAUAUGGAAGGAACUAUUGACAUUCUCAGAAAGGAAUUAAGUAAAACGGAACAGGCAAGGAAAGAAUUGAGCAUUAAGGCAUCUUCCCUCGAAGUUCAAAAGUCCCAACUGGAAGGACGUUUGGAAGAAAAGGAAGCCAUAGUAAAACUGCAGCAAGAAGAGCUGAGCAAACAUUCUCAUAUGAUAGCAAUGAUUCACAGUUUAAGUGGUGGUAAACUAAAUGCAGAAAAUGUGAACCUCAGUUUAUAGGGCUCUGUAGUUACAAAGUUUGGUUUUGUGAUACCUUGUACGUUUGUGUAAGUCUAAAGUUUAUACACCAUCUUGCUCAAAUGUCAUAGCCCACCUAAAAUUGACACAAGCAUAAACCAUUGUUAAUUGAAGAAAAACAUGAUUGCUUGUUUUUAAAAAUCACUUUGGCUUGAAAAAUCUGAGCCAUAUUACAGAAGGUAGGCCUGCUGUUGAGGUUUAAUGGCCAAAUUCCUGGUCACUGCAGUGGAAGCAGGAUAAAGCCCUGGUCUUGUUAAUGUGACUAACAAUCCCUUGACACUGGAAUAAAAAGGAGAAAGUCCUCUUCUUGCUACCCAUCCUGUUACUGCCAGUAGGAUAUACUGACCCUUUCAUUAUGGAAGGGUUAAGUGCCACUUCUGUAAGUAGACUCAAAAUAAGGCAUAUGGAAUAUUCAGAUGUCACAUAUAGAAAUAUUAAUGCAAUAUUGAUUCCAAAUGUCUAAGGUAUAAAUUUAGAAAUAAAAUGGAGUCAAUAAUGUGGAUUAAAAGGUAGUACUUGUUGCAAGAGACCUGUUUCACAGCAAGAACUGUACUAGACAUAGCUUUAGUUGAAAUUACAUUAAGUAUUAAAAUUGAACUAAUAUUAGAAAUGCCUCCACAUAUUUGUGAAAGGAUAUGAAUUUGGAAGAAAAUGCAUACUUGUCAAAUUUCCAGAAAGUAGUGUCAAUUAGAAAAGGUAGAUUUAUGGAAUACUUUACAUCUCUAUGCAUCUUCAAAUAUCUUUUAAACUCCAUCAGUACCUUACUCUUAAAUUUUACGGCACUUUCUUCUGAUUCUGAGAGGUGUGCAAUUAAUUCGCCAGUUUUACCUGGCACACACUAGCUUUUUCAGCAUUGUCAAUUGUGCAUUGUAUAAAGGAUUUUAUACUGUUUUAAGCUUACAGUAUAAGUACUUUUGCCAUUUUCAUAUGAAGAAAAAUUUUAUAUUUUUAACGCAGAUGAUGUGCUUUUUUUGGAGCCAUGGGAACAUUAUUUUCCUUGUAAUUUACUAAAAUUGGAUGUGUGACAUAACAUGUCUACAACCUCAAAUUUUAAGAAUGGCUGUGUGCAUUUUAGAAAAAACAUUAUAGCAGCAUUUUGAAUGAUGUAAUGUGUGCCACAAUUGUAUUAUUACUGCCAUUAUUUUACUAUUUAUUUUGCACUGACCAGACUUUAAGGUCUUGCCAUAAGUGUAGAUGCCUUAAGUUUUCUCAGUUAUAUUGUGGGUCCAUCUUUUUAAAUCUGCGCAACUAUAGAGUCUGAGCACAAUCUUUUACACAUUAGACACAUUUGUAAUCUCUAGCUGAAUAGUGGCUAUUUUAACUUGCUUAUCAAUUGUAUAUUUAUUAUGACUUGGUGUAUCUUUUGGCCGUUGGCCAGUUUAUAGAUGUCGUUGGCAUCCAUGACGGGAAGGGGAAUAAAAAAAAUUGUUCCAUA